UCAUCAAGACAGUACCAAACUACAUGAUAGUGGAGAUGCAAGGUAUAAGGCAAGCGUGUUCUUCGCUCUGUCGAGUUCUUGUUCUCCAGCUUCUUUACCAUCUAACCUUUCUCUCGUACAAGUCUCGUUAUCGGGAGUCAGUUCAGACUUCCCAAGGUAUCAUCCACGCGACACACACACCACCUCACACUGCAACUUUGUCGAAACUAAAUCUACAACAUGCCUUGGGUAGAGUACAACGGUGGUAGCGGGACGCCAGAGGCUUUGCUUGCUAUCCUCGCGAAACUGCCUGGAGGAAGUCAGUACGAAACCCCCAGUGCGGAGCCUGAAGAUAAGCCUGAGGAUGCCGGAGACACUGAAAAGCCUGAAGAGUCAAAGAAGCCUCAAGAGCCCGAAGAGCCCGAAGAGCCAGCCACGGAGCCCACCGAGGAACAGCACACGAACAGUCCUCAGUAUUCGGUCGUACUCGAAAGUUUCGAACCUUCUUUUGUCUCUGGAUCUUCCGUCUCCCCAAAACCAAAACCAGUCAAAUCUAUACUCAACCCACCUACAGCCAAACCGUCCUCCAAGAAGACCACUCCACCAAAACAACUAAGGGUUAGAUUUAAAACCCUCCAAGACAACCCGAUUCAAGCACACCCAGUCUCACAGAAGAACUCCAACCCAGACUACGCCUCCCACAUCCACCGCAACAAGCCCAUACCCAUUCCCAACCAAUACCACUGGGACACGGCAUACGUCCCAAACGCACAAAGGAAAAUCCGGAACCUCCUCCCCCCAGACUUCGUCCACGCAAAGCCGCGCCCUCACCACCGCGACGACACCAUCUACCACUACUUCCGCACCCGUGACGCGCCAUUUAACGCUGGCGAAUCAUUAAACACCAUAAACCCGUGGGAGUCCUUUCAAGCGACCAAACUCGAGCUCGCGGAACAACAUAUCGGCAAGGCCACCAUGUUCUUCGAACCGGCUAUCGACGACGAGCUGGAAGAACUAGUCAUGCAGCCGCGGGCGCCGCGCGUGAACAUCAGAGCGAUGAGGCGGCAGAAGCAAAUAGAAAUAGAGGAAGCGAAUGGCGGGCCCGUUGUUCCUGAUCAAAUCCCCGUGGAGCAGGAUGUGAGACUCCGGAAUAUAAGGGCGUGGGAGAGGAUGUGCCCGAGGGACAAGUAUCUGGUUGAGGAGAAUGGGUGUAUGAAGAUGAGGGCUGGGAUGAUAGUGCCACCUUUUGUACAUGCUGCUGCUGAAGAACAGCGUCAGAGUAUGGUGAAGAAGUGA